AUGGCGACAAAUUUAGGGAAACGAAAGCGACCGAUAGCAGAGGCAAACCCACAGGCGCGAAAGUUAGAGAGGGAAGAAUCGGAAGCUCCAGAGUUAGAUGCGCAGGAAAUAUUUAGACGGCACUUCGAAGCGCAAUUCAAGCCUCUGCCAGUGGUACAAAGCACAGCUCAGCAGGUUGAAGAUGUAUCGGAAGAUGAUUCCAGCGAAGAAUCGGAGUGGGAAGGAAUAUCUGAACCGGAAGAGGAGUCCGUCGAGGUAAUAGAACAUACAGAUGCGCAAUCACGAAUGGCAGCAAUGUCAAAAGAAGAGCUGAAAGCAUUCAUGGGUUCGAAGCCUCCCAAAAGUAGCCUGUCCAUUCCCCUCAUCCGCGACAAAGAGGGCGCUUUAAUCAAAGAUGAUGAUGCCUCCGAAUCAGCCAACCUGAAGAAAGAUCUGGCGCUCCAACGUCUCCUCACAGAAUCCCACCUCCUCGAAUCAAGCAGCAAUCCUACACUCAGCGGGAAGAAUAGACAUAAAGCUACAGAUCUUCGAUUACAGGCACUCGGGUCAAAGACGUCUAUAUUCAAGCAGGAGAAGAUGCCCAUUACACAUCGAAAGGGCAUUGUCGCGAAGGAAACAGAGCGGGAAGGGAAUCGAAGACGCGAGGCAAGGGAGAACGGGAUCAUUUUGGAAAAGGCCAAGAUGAAGGGCAAGAAAAGUAGUGAUGGAAAGCGGGAUAGAGGUGUGGGUGCUCCUGCUGUGGGCAAGUUUUCUGGUGGAACGUUGAAGUUAAGUAAGAGUGAUAUCCAUGAUAUCGAAGGGCCCAAGAGAAGCCCAUCAACCAGGGGGGGUGGAAGAGGAAGAGGAAGAGGGAAACGAGGCAAGUGA